AUGGGAAGCCUGGCACAUAUCUCCACAGAUAGGGGAUUCUUGAUUAGGGAGAUGCAUAGUUUGGGAGACAUGGGUGUGCAUUUGAAAGUUUCAGAUGCAAAUGCAUUGCUAGCAUAUUUUAGAGUGAGGCCUAUUUUAAUGGACCAGAUUAAAGAAGCACAAAACAAAUAUGAGUUCGUAGUUAAGGCCUUCGAGGGUCCUCAAGGAAGAAACGAAAAAAUGUUUACCAAAGGCACAGAUGGAAUGUUCAGGUAUGGAACCAGACUUUAUAUGCCUGAUGGUGACGGGUUGAGGAGAAAAAUAUUGGAGGAAGCUCACAUGGUUAAGGCCGAGCAUCAAAAGCCUGCAGGGCUACUACAGCCAUUACUAGUGCCCGAAUGGAAGUGGGAGCAUAUUGCAAUGGAUUUCGUAAUGGGUUUGCCUUGGACUAGUGGGGGAUAUGACUCAAUUUGGAUCAUAGUGGACCGGUUAAUGAAAUCAGCCUAUUUUCUUCCGGUUAAGACAACGUAUGGUGCUGCUCAGUACGCUCGAAUUUAUGUGGAUGAGAUAGUGCGGUUGCAUGGUAUCCCCAUUUCUAUAGCAUUUGACAAAGGACCUUAG